AUGUCCAGGUCUAUGCUCCCUACUCAGCUACUUGUCGUUAUUGCUGGUCUUUUGCUCACAGACACUGUCACCAUCGAGGAUCUAGACAAGCAACACUUAAGCGAAACAGACCAGGUUGAUGCCGUCGUGAGGGAAGCGGAAGCAUCUUUGCAGAUAUUACAAGAGCAGGAUUCCCUUCAGAGUGUUUUGGCACGUGUGAAGUGGCAUCCCAGCGUCACUGCUAUGUUGCAGCCGCUACCGCUCAUCUUGGAGGACACUCCCGAUCAGAAGGACAUCACAAGCAAACUGGCUUUGCAGCUCUGGACAAACAUGCUUCAGCCAUCAUCCGCUCCAUCAGAGGACAUCACUAUUGCUUGUCCUACACAGGACCGACCCUUCCUCAGGACACAAGUGAACUCCCCCAAGAGCAGCAGCAGGGCCAUUUGGCAAAAAGCUCAGGGUAUGGGCACAGAAAUCCCCUGCAAGGACCGGCGACCAUCUCCGAAAAUACCAAAUUCGGUUCACGAGCUGAGACCGGCUGACAUCAAGGUGGUGGCUGCCGUGGGCGACUCUCUCACAGCAGGAAAUGGUGUAGGCGCAAAGUACGACAACCUUCUGCUAGUCAUCAAUGAGUACAGAGGUCUUUCAUGGAGCAUCGGCGGGGACGAAAACAUUGAAACGGUCACCACUCUGCCAAACAUUUUGAGAGAAUUCAACCCCUCCCUGACCGGCUUCUCUCAAGGAGUCGGCAAGCAGGACUCUCCCGCAGCUUUUCUCAAUCAGGCCGUGGCUGGAGCCAAGAGUGGUGAUGUGGUGGAACAAGUACGCACCUUAGUCGACAUGAUGAAAAACGACACGAGAAUCGAUUUCCAAAAUGAUUGGAAAGUGAUCACCAUGUUUAUCGGCGGCAAUGACAUAUGCGACUUCUGUACAGACACUGUGAUCUUCUCACCAAGGAACGUGGUCAAACGUAUCCGUCAAGCCCUGGACAUACUCCACCGUGAGGUGCCACGUGCGCUUGUUAACCUGGUAGAGUUGUUGUACAUUAUACCGCUGCGUCAGCUGCAUAAAGAUAAUGCGUUGGGAUGUCCCACCUGGUUUGUUAGGAUGGUUUGUCCUUGUGUACUGAAGCCGAAGGAUGGCUCAUUAGAACUCCAAAAGACGGAAGAAUUCAACAGAGCUUACCAGCAUGCGAUGCAACAGCUGGUGGAUUCAGGUCACUACGACUCUCACGACAACUUUACCGUCGUCUUGCAGCCUUUCUUCAGGGAGGUUUUCCUUCCUACGUUACCAAAUGGAAAGCCAGAUCGCUCAUACUUUACGCCCGACUGUUUUCACCUGAGCCAGAAAGCUCACACACUGAUGGCCCGAGCACUCUGGAACAACAUGUUAGAACCAGUGGGAAACAAGACCUCCACGCAAGACUUUAUGUCCGGGAUUGAUCUGAAGUGUCCCUCUGAGACGGCACCAUUCCUUAGAACAGCUGUUAACAGCAACUACACAUUUCCAGGACCUCCACCUCCACCAACCACUGCUCCGGUUAAUAACUGGGGAAGAGACUUCUCGUGUCCUAACACUGAACCAUCGGACUCACCACCCACUUCAGCUCACAGGGUCCGACCGGCUGAUAUCAAGGUGGUGGCUGCUCUUGGUGACUCUGUCACAGCAGGUUUUGGCGCUAAGGCACAGAAUCUGUUCCAGCUCAGAACUGAAUAUAGAGGGGUGUCAUGGAGUAUUGGUGGCGAUAAAAACCUGGAGACUGUUACUACUUUAGCCAACAUCCUCAGAAAGUUCAACCCUGAACUUAAAGGAAUGUCAAAGGGUCAAGGGAAGAAGAGGACCGGCUUCAACAUGUCUGCAACAGGAGCUAAAGUCGCGGGAAUUCCAGAACAAAUUAGACGCCUGAUUGACACAAUGAAAAAUGACACUACAGUGGAUUUUGCCCAUGACUGGAAGCUGGUAACGCUCUUCAUUGGUGGCAAUGACCUUUGUCAGUUCUGCAAUGAUCGUGCCUCAUUGUCACCUAAGAACUACAGCCAUCACUUGGUGACAAGCUUGGACAUUCUUUAUAACGAGGUUCCCAGGACCAUCGUCAACAUUCUGGAGAUCCUGCAGAUUGAAGACCUGCGUAGGAUCAAAAGAGACAGUAUCGGUUGCAACGUCAUUCAACCAUUGGCUUGUCCGUGCUUCUUACUACCAGGGGACGACUCUCCGGAGCUGGCGGAAGCAAAAAGAAUGAAUCGGGAAUUACAGGUGAUCACAGAGAAAGUGGCAUAUGGCGGUCGCUAUGACGACAGGGAAGACUUUGCAGUGGUGGUGCAACCCUUUUUCAGAAACUCCAUUGUUCCUUUGAAUGCUGACGGUCGACCCGACGUCUCCUAUUUCACCGAAGACUGUUUCCACUUCAGCGAACGGGGUCACGCCGACAUGGCUGUGGCCAUGUGGAAUAACAUGUUGGAGCCCGUGGGCAGGAAGCAGACGUUCAACAAUUUUACAAGUGGCAGAGGUGGUAUCAAGUGUCCUACAGAGGAGAAUCCUUACAUCUUUACAAGGAUGAACAGUGGACUCAGCCUGCCCUCAACUCACUGCCCCAUGGACAUCCCAAUUUGGCUUGCUGUGGUGCUCGCCGUCUCUGCUCUCCUGCUUGGCUGGGGCCUCACCUGGUUGGUGCUCACCUGGAGAAACAAGAGGACCAUGAGCACAGCAGUAUUAACAGUGGAGAUGAAGGCCACAGUGCUUUAA